UGUACAUUGUUUUAGUGCUCACGGGAUAACUUAAAUAAUUACCCCCACAUUUGCUUAGUGCUUUAUAAAAUGCCUAGACUUUUUUUUUUUUAAAAUAGCUGUCUGUGAUUUUUUUGGCUAUCGAACAUAAUGGAUAAAUGGACAGUUUUGUUUUUCCUUUGGUUUUCAGGCACAGCUGUUUGUUGGACUAAAGACUUUCAGUUACAAAACAUGUCGAAACUUUUCACAAAAUAUUCAGAGUAUUGUGGCAGCGAUUCCCUUUGUUCUGCAACCGAUAAAAGACGUCAUUCAAUAAAAACCGAACGUCACAAGUGUCCUUCGUGUUCCUGUUCAGAAGAGUGUGACUAUCUUCGGAAUUGUUGUCUAGACGAAUCUUACACUUCCUGUGUUCCGACCACAGUUUCUGUCAACCAUUUUGUGGAUAAAAAUGGCGUUCAGAUGGUUUCAUUUUGUCCAGGGACGCAUGAUAUAGAAUACGAAAGUUGUCUUCAACUGUUUACAGAAUAUAACUUCUUGACAAACAUACCAGUGUACUCUCUACAUACGAAUAAGACCUAUGUAAAUGCUAAGUGUUCAAAGUGUCACGGAGAUAAUGAUAUUACACCAUGGAGAUACUAUAUCUCGUGCCCAGGUAUAAACAUUGAUAUAGAUGACUAUACAGAUGGAUCAAGUUUAUGGUAUAAUGGGAUGGAAAAUGGUUGCACAUUAACAUUGACACCACCUGUAAAUACUUUUCAGCGGCACUGUGAAGUAAACGUCCUUAUCAGGACAUGUAACAUUACCGGGAACUGGGACGUAUACGAUAAAGAAAUAGAAGACGCGUGUGCAUAUUACCGGAAACCAUAUGAACUUUACGAAAAUAUAUUCUGCUUUCUUUGCAACACAGGAAAGAAUCAAAGAAACGGUCUCUUGUUAAAGAAAUCCGGUUCAAAAGAAAAAUAUAUGUUAUAUGAAAGUGUUUACAAUUCAACAAACGACUUUAUUGCAAGAAAUGGGAAGAGAAAGAACAGUUAUGCUAAGUCUACUACUCAUUACCAACAAGUAUUGCAUUAUGAUGAUGCUUUAGUUACAUUUUUAGAAGAAUACAAUACAAUAACGGGAGAAUAUGUCGCAAAUAUAACAUUUCUAGCAGCAAAUCUAACUGAAAGCUUUAACAACAUCCUUUUCUAUAAUGAUUCUUUAAAUGAAUCAGUAGAUUUUGAGGCUGCUGUGAAUCUGACCGCCCUAUAUGAGGAGUACGUCAGGUCAGGUGGCUAUCGUAACUGGUGCUCAGAGGAACACAGAGUUGACAAAAUAUUCCCCGGCUUCAAAGCAAGGAGGGAUUGUAGUUGUGAUGACAACUGUUAUAUAUCUGCUUCAUGUUGCCCCGAUGCAGCAUACUUUCAACGCAGUACAUGCUCCGCAGCAUACAUCAAAUUUCCAUAUGCCUUUGGCGAGAUAAUUAAUGCAUCAUAUUAUUUUAUGAUUAGGAAAUGUCCAUUAAAUUACAAAUAUCGUUUAAUAAAACUCAAAUGUGAAAGUUAUUACGACUAUUACGACUAUGACUUACGGAAUAUUCCCAUACUGAAUAUUGAAUCGAACAAUACGUAUUUUAAUAUUUAUUGUUAUUUGUGUAAUACUCAACAGGAACUGGCCUUUCCAAAUCUAACGAAUAUAAAAUUAUGGAAUGUGAGUCUUGCUUGCUCAACUUUGAUGUUUCCUACUCUUAAGUCGUCUAUUGCAGCCGUUCUGCAAACAGCAAGUUACAGCGGUUGCACAGUUCAGUAUUCAACUACAUUAAUUGAUAAAGUGGAAACCUGUAAACCUGACUUUUCUGAAUCUAUUGGAAAAUGCAAUACAACAGGUGUUGUGAAAUCAGUGAGUGACAGUGCUCGUUAUAUGUGCGAAAAUAUAGACAGAAAUAUAAUGGCGAAGUCUCGAAAUUCAAAGUAUAAAAAUCAGAUCUGCGAUUUGUGUAACAGCAAGGUUUUCGAAGAACCCAUCUCUAAUUGUUACGUUUGUACAUCAUCUAAAACGAGCGAAUAUAUAUAUAAAUGUGAAAAUGGUACAUUAGAUAACCAGUUUUAUCCAUAUAAGAAUGAAUACUGUAAAAUGUGCAAUCACUUUAGUUGUGAGUCGGACAUGCCCGAACAAUCUUUAAGGGAUUUGUUUUCUCCAUGGCCAAAAGGUUUUAGUUUUGAUUAUGAUGAAGAAAUCACCAAAUCACUAGGACAUGGAUGCAGUGUAUCAGAGUUAAAGGAUACUUACACGAACAAAUGCAGAAAACUUUAUUGUUCUCGAGGAAAAUUGCUCAUGGGUGACACAUGUAUGUAUUUUAUUCCAUAUGCAAGGAAAGUAUACUACAAUAUGGCGCUGAGAAUUCUCAUAUCAUCCAACUCCUCAGACAUCAUUUUCUCAAGUUCAGUUAUAGACAAUCUCCAAGAAAUUCUUCAGCGAGUAAUAAACGAAGGGCAUAUUUACAUUGAAGACAAAUAUAUUUAUUCAAAUGUAUCUUGCACUUAUCAGCCUUUGGAACAAUCAUCUAUUUUUUAUUUACUCUAUAUCCGAUUUAGAAUAGAAAAUAACCAGUUUCCAAUUGACAGAAACCGUUUGGAGAUGCAUUUGUUAGGUUUAACAGGUGUGACUAUAAAAUUUAAGGGCGUCUUCAUAAAAUUCCAACAAAGUCUCGAAGCAUGGUUUCUUCCUAUUUUUAACCAACAGAAAAACUCCUCCAAUGGCUGCUUCAUGAAGAAAACUUCUGCUUCGUCAACACAUACGUACAACAUCAACAAUUUACUGGUUUGUCCACAGAUUGAACUAACAUUCCAUGAGUACGUCUUUUCUAAAGAUUAUAAUGGCUUAUAUGUGAAGUCGGUUGAUCGCGAAUACAAUAUAAAUGAGUUUGUGAUAGGAAGCAGAAGUAACAUCAAGAUUUGUGCAAAUUCAUACAAAAAACCACGUGAGGUUUUAGCUCAAUAUGAACAAAAAACUGUCGUUGAAAUUGGAUUGACUGUAGUUACGUUCAUCUGUACUAUUCUUUCUCUUCUUUGUUUGCUGGCAACUUUUUUAAUCUAUUGUAUGUUUUCAGUUUUAAGAACACUGCCGGGCAAAAAUAUUAUGUGUUAUAUUUUUUCGCUGUUUUUAGCACAACUGUUUUUCAUUAUAAGGUCUCAUAUAACAGACGAUAUAGCCUGUGCAUGGAUUGGAGGAUUCACUCAUUACUUUUGGAUUUCUCUAUUUACUUGUACCAAUGUCUGUUGUUUUCACAUGUUUAGAUUGUUUGUGAGGAAUGCUUUGACACACGGCGAUGUAUUUGAAGAUAGAUAUCUUUUCAUAAAGUUCUGUUUGGUAUCAUAUCUCUUACCUUUACUUCCUGUGGCCUUGAACUUAUUACUGGCAAAAGCAGAGAUUGAGUCCAUAAAGUUUGGAUAUGGAGGAAGUAAAUGUUUCCUCCUCGGCCAUAAAGCUUUGAUUCUAAUGUUUAUUCUUCCAAUAUUCCUACAGAUUACUUUCAACAUUAUUAUGUUUUCCAUCACUUUUCAUUACAUACGAAAUACGCCAAAGAUCCAGAGUACACAAAGCAGACAUGAUUUUUCUAUUUUCCUAAAAUUGUUUUUAUUGACUGGUGUGUCAUGGCUCCUUUUGAUUGUGGACGGAUUUUUUAAUGUAUCUCCUUUUACAUUUUUGGCUACAAUUGUUAAUGGUGCCCAAGGAAUUUUUUUAUUUAUUUCAUAUGCUUGUCAGAAAAGAGUUUUAAAAUUGUUGAAGGAAAUGCGCGCCCCACUGUACAGCGCUCGUUCUUAUAACUUUAAUUCAUCGGGCGCAAAAUACACAGUAAAAUCUCAAAGUUAAACUUAAAUAGAGCAUAUUUUAAAAUUAUUUAGUCUGUAUUUAAACUUAGAUGUACACUUUAUCAAAACAUUAUUGUUUCCUUUCAAAAAACAUUUAUAUUGUAAAAAAAAACGUGUAUCAAUAUAAUUUGUGUUUCAUUAUUUUUAUGUCUGUGUAAGUAAUAUGUAUUAUGUAACAUAUAUUUCUCAUUAAAUGGAAUAAAGUGUUGCAUUAAUUUCAUCUUUUACCGAAGAUAUAAAUGGCCAUAACACAAAAGUAAAUAUGUCUCGAUAUACAAUGGAUUUUGCUGUAUUUUUAAGGGCUAACUUUUUGUGAGUUGCCAAUUUCUCAAAGAUUUAUGAUGACGGAAUUCUGAUGAUUUGUACUUAUGUUUUGCAUUCUUUUCAUGUUACAGUUAUAUUUGUUUUGUAUCGUUUAUUAAUAGCUAAAU